UUUCCAUUGCGUCUCACGUUAUUUCCUGACCGCCCAUUGAUGCAUCACUUUGCAGGCUUGCUGCUUAAUUAUCAUGCAUGGAGGGAAACACAGAAGGAGUUGUGGUCAGAAUGAAUGGACAUAUUUCCAACCCCCAUCCCAGUGUAUAUGGAAACUACUCUUCUCAAAUAAAGAACAUGAUCUGUAUUAAAUUGGAUGAGGGCAACUCAUUAAGGUCUUCCGAGAUCAGAAAGGUUGUUGCUGAUAUUUAUCAAAAAACAGAGCAAAGGAAGAAUUAUGCACGUGACAGUAUCAGCAGCAUAUCUGAGACAUCACAGUACCAUGUGGAACACUUGACUACUUUUGUUUUGGAUCGGAAAGAAGCCAUGAUCACGAUUGAUGAUGGAAUAAGGAAGUUGAAACUGCUGGAUGCCAAGGGCAAAGUUUGGACGCAAGAUAUGAUUCUCCAAGUGGAUGACAAAGCUGUCAGUCUGGUAGACUUGGAAUCAAAGAAUGAAUUGGAGAACUUCCCCCUGAGCACAAUUCAGCAUUGCCAAGCUGUGAUAAACUCAUGCAACUAUGACUCCAUCCUUGCCUUAGUGUGCAAAGAACCAGCCCAGAGCAAAGCAGAUCUUCAUCUUUUCCAGUGUGAAGAGGUUAAGGCUAACUUUAUUCAUGAAGAUAUUGAAAGUGCAAUCAGCGACAGCAAAGGAGGGAAGCCAAAGAGGCGACUUGACACACUCAGGAUGAUUUCAAAAGCUGACAGCACGAUUCCUCCGCCUCCGAGAGCGCCCGCUCCUGUCCCCCCAGGUACCGUCACGCAGGUGGAUGUCAGAAGCCGAGUAGCAGCCUGGUCUGCUUGGGCCGCUGAGCAAGGCGACUUUGAGAAACUGAGGCAGUUCCAUGAUCAUGAAGAAACAGCUGAAAUGAUGGCAGCCAAGAUCGACAGAGAUGUUCAAAUUCUAAAUCAUAUUUUGGAUGAUAUUGAAUAUUUUGUUACCAAACUUCAAAAAGCAGCAGAAGCCUUUGCAGAACUUUCAAAGAGGAAGAAAACCAAGAAAAAUAAAAAGAAAGGACCAGGAGAGGGUGUCCUCACUCUCCGUGCAAAACCCCCACCUCCAGAAGAAUUUGUGGACUGUUUGCAAAAAUUUAAACAUGGAUUCAACCUUCUGGCAAAAUUAAAAGCACACAUCCAGAAUCCUAGCGCACCUGAAUUGAUUCAUUUUCUGUUUACUCCUUUAAACAUGGUGGUACAAGCAACAGGAGGUCCAGAGCUUGCUAGUACAGUCCUCAGUCCCCUCUUAACAAAGGAUACCAUAGAAUUCUUACGGUACACUGUUACAAGUGAGGAAGGGCAGCUAUGGAUGUCACUAGGUGACACAUGGACCAAAGCCAGAGCAGAGUGGCCCAAAGAACAGUUCAUUCCGCCCUACGUGCCACGGUUCAGAAAUGGCUGGGAGCCUCCUUUGCUGAGUUUCAUGGGAGUCCCAAAGGAACAGGAGCUCAACCAACUAGCAGAAUCUGUGGCCAAUGUGGCUGAGCAGCAGCGGAAGCAAGAGAUGAAACGGUUAUCAACUGAGCAUUCCAGUGUCUCAGAUUAUCCUCCAUCUGAAGGGUAUGCAUUCAGUAACACCGCUUACAAAAGAGGGCCUCUGCCGGACCAGGGGGCGGCUGUAGCUGCAUUUAAGCAAACUGUUAGCCGACAUGUAGAUAGAAAUUAUGAAGCACAUAAAACCCCAUCCAAGAAAUAUGCCAAAACCAAGUAUGACUUUGUGGGAAGAAACCAGAGUGAACUCUCUGUCAUGAAGGAUGACAUUUUAGAGAUCCUCGAUGACAGGAAGCAAUGGUGGAAAGUUCAAAAUGCAAACGGAGUCACGGGAUUUGUGCCAAACAACAUCUUAGAGCCUCUCAGAACUCAGGAACCUGGUUCUGCGGAACUGCCUUAUACACAUACUAUACAGAAGCAAAGGACAGACUUUGUUCCAAAGCAACUGACCCAAAACCCUGUUGCUCCAUCACCUCAGACACCGAUUCCCGUUCCUCUCCCUCCCAGCACAGCACCUGUCCCUGUUCCUGUGCCAAAGGUACCCUGAGCCAUCAGCCGCCAGAGCAGCACGUCAGUGAUGGUGGGGAGAGAUGCACAAAGGCAAACAACUCCUGUAGAUCGUGAGAAGGAAUCUCAUGGAGAAGUCCCGGAUGAACUCAUUCACCGACUCACCAUUGGCCGGAGUGCCCAAAAGAAAUUCCAUGUGCCACGCUCUAACGCCCCAGUAGUCAACAUCAACUAUGACUCCUCUCCAGAUGUGAAAAUGUGGCUACAGGCCAAAGAUUCAACUCAGACUGUCAACAGCCUUGGUGUUACUGGUGCUCAGCUGUUCUCUCUCAAAGAUGAGUUAAAAUCAGUGUGUCCUGAAGCUAGAGUCUACAGCCAAAAUACUGUUCAAAAGCUACACUGGAGGUAUGCUACCAGUGGAAGUUCAGAAUUGCAAGAGAUCAUGCGAAGACGGCAAGAGAAACUCAGCGCAGCUGCAACAGACUCAGGAGUGGAGUCUUUUGAUGAGAGCAGUGGUCAUUAAAUGUCUUUUCUAUGUUUUGUUAUUGUUAAAAAGAGAGAGAGAGAGAUCCCAUUGUUCCUGGCAUUGUUCCAUCGCACUUUGUUUUAGAAAGCCAUGAAAGGGAAAUGUCUGGCUGGUUGUCAUUAUUUAUGUAGAUACAAUUUGAUGCCAUAAAGAAAGCAUGCAGUUGGGACAUUAAAGGGGAGGUGAGGUAGAGCUACUGUUGCCCUCUUCUUCCCCCUUUGAUUUAAAAGUAUAUUUAAGGCAGAAUUUUUCAGGGGUUCUGAACCAGUCCUCCUGAGGCUGGUGGGUGGAAAAAAACAUCAGUUCACACUUUUCUUCUUUGUGAGUGGGUAAGUGAAAUCCCAUCACUGAUUUUGACCAUUCAACAACACUGAGCUGGCGGGUUUAAAACAUGUUGAAGUCUUCGAUCUGGUUGUGAACCCAAAGGGCGUGUGGGAUCCAGCCAGAGUAGUCCCGUUGAUUUGAAAGGGACAUUGAGCAUAUGUUUACCACACUGCCCUUGGGGAUCCUAAGGAGUUCACUGUGGCCAGGGGUCUCUUCAUCCCAAUUGCUUUGUUCCCCAGUGAUGGCCUCUUUCCAGUGGUGUAUAGUGGGUACCAUAUCAAUGGAAUGGUGAAUUCACUCUUGAAUUUGUGUAUGAACUUUAAAGGACCUGUCCAAAGUGCUAAACUUAUAUAAGAGAGAAGGUUUAGUGCCCAGGGGAGCAAUUUUCGUGUUCAGACUAAAAUCUGAAGAUGAUUCACCAGCACCCUGACAUGGAAGGGUUUAGACACCACUCUCCUGUUCCAUUUUUUAGCAUAAUGUUAUCCAGGUUUAUUUAAAAAGUUCCUGAUUGCCAAGAAAAUGGAGGCCAUGUGGUUUUGGUAUCAUCCACAACCCUGAUCUUAAUAUGAGCACAGAUUAAAUCCUUUGGACAGCAUCAAGAGAUGAUUUCUUAAUGGAAAUGUAGAUAGCAAAAUAAUUUAUUCUGGAUUCCAAUUUUAUUGCUGUUCCACUGGGAAUAAGCACAAACCAAUAAAGCCACCAAUAAUGGAAGCAAUAGCACAAGUAUCAGUUUUUAAAAGGGGGAAGUUGGACCUUCUUUUGGGGGGCUAUCCAUGUGGUUAUUCACAGUAUUAUUUCUUAAGAGUAUUGCCUUUGGUUUUCUGCUUUAACUUCACCAGUGAAAUAGAAAGGAUAGCCCAGUUUUUGCAGGUUCAGACAGUAAGGGUAUUUAUAAAUGUUAAAAAUAUAUAUUUGAGAGAAUGAAGUGAUCAUUUUGAAAUUAAAUCUUUUAAAAUAUGGCUAAGCUAAGCAUAGUAAAAACAAAAACAAAAUCCUAAUAAACAUUAUUGGGGGGGGGGGGAAUCCAUCAUGACUUUUUUUAUUUUCUCUAUUCAAAAUGUUCUAUUCUGUCACUUGUAUAUAAAGGCAUCAAAAGCCCAUCAUGUCAUUUAGAAGAAAUUAAUCAUCUAGUUUUAUUAAUUUUCAUGGUGCCUUUUUCACAUGACUCAGCCAAUAGUCUGCAAUAAACACUAUUUGAUGUA